UGCUAAAAUGAAAGCUAAAUACGAAAACACAAGAAAACAAACGAUGCUGAUGUUGAUCUAAAAGCAAACAAACAGGAAAUGUUGAGUGGAAACUACAAUCUUGACAAAGUAAACAAAGGCAUCCAUGAAUAUAAUUGAAAUGCUUUAUGAAAUCCAGAUUUCUGGGUGACUAAUAGGCCCUGGGCUCUCACCAUCAUGCCUGUGAUCAGUAAACUUGUGAUAUUGUUGCUGCUUAUUUUGGGGAACUUGGGGCUGUGGAGAAAUACUUGUUAUGCACAGGACGCGAGUGACCAUUUGAAGCCAGGUGGUCAGCUAAAUGACACAAACCCUACUAUAUGCUCAGUGGGAGGCUCAUAUUGCUUGCAAUUUAUGAAAAUAGACAGUGACUCCUCCUUUUAUUAUCUAUCAGUCUACAGUGGAUUCCUCGAAUCUAGUGUCUGGAUUGCCAAUCGCAAUGAUCAAAUUCUCAAUGGUUCUUCAGAAGCUUUAACUUUGGAUCAUUCUGGUGUGUUGAAAAUUACACACCAAGCUCAAGAACCAACCAUACUCUACUCUCCCCCUGCAGAUCUGCCUCAAGAUCUCAUCAACAAUACUCGUGCCACCUUGUUGAAGACAGGCAACUUUGUGCUGCAACAGCACCACCCAAAUGGAUCAAAAAUUGUAUUGUGGCAAAGUUUUGAUUAUCCCACUGACACUCUUCUCCCAGGAAUGAAGUUAGGUGUUAACCACAAAACUGGCAGAAACUGGUCAUUAGUUUCAUACUCGACGUAUCUGUCAGCUUCUCCAGGUCCCUUCAUGCUGGAAUGGGAACCCAGAACAGGCCAAUUGAUCCUCCUGCGAAGAGGACAGGUUUAUUGGGCAAGUGGCGUAUUGAGAAAUGGCAAGCUCGAAAACUUAUCAGAGGAAGCCCAAAGCUUGUACAACUACACCAUUGUCUCAAACAAAGAUGAAGAUUAUUUUAUAUUUUCGCCAUGGAAUGAAGCAACUAAGAUUGAUAAGGAUAAUGCAAGAUGGACAAUCAGUUCACAUGGGGAGCUAUUUGAAAGAACAAACGUGAUUACAAGUGCCGAUGACUGUUAUGGUUAUCAUAGCCAUGGAGGAUGCCAAUUACUGGAUCAACCAACUUGUAGGCACAAAGGCGAGUUCUUUGAAACCAUGUAUAUUAGUGUAAGAGAUCAAGGCAUCACCUACAGCAUAGAUGACAACGUGAGCUUGACCAUAAGUGAUUGCCAAGCCACAUGCUGGAGCAACUGCCACUGUGUUGGAUUCACUAGUUAUGACAAUGAUGCAACUGGAUGUGUCUUUUAUUCUGAGGAUUCACCGAUGAGCGUUCCUGAAGACAAUAUCUUAAGACUUUACUUCCUUGCCAAUAGAUCUGAGCCCGUAGGUAAAGGAGGCCCAGCACAGCAGCCAAGUCCAGGACAAAGGGACCAAUAUCAAGACUCAAAUGCAAGUGCAAAAAGAAUGAAAUUGCUUGUUGCUCUCAUUAUCAUCACUCUGUUUAUCAUAUGCGCAAUUCUAUGGAUACUACUUAGGAGGAGGAAAAUCAUGCUUGAAGGUAUAUGGUUCCUACAUAUAAAUAGUAUGUGACAAAUUGUUGAAUUGGAGUGUUCAUCUUUCAUAUUUAAACUAAUGCAGGCAAG